AUGCGCCCGUUGACCGACGAGGAGUCCGAGGCCGUCUUCGCAAAAUUGGCCCAUUAUAUUGGGGACAACGUGCAGCUACUCGUCGAUCGAAGCGACGGCGAGUAUUGCUUCCGGCUACACAAAGAGCGCAUCUACUACUGCAGCGAGUUUUUACUCAAAAAGGCAUCCUGCAUCGCGCGCGAGCCCCUGCUCUCCUUUGGCACCUGUCUCGGCAAAUUCACAAAAUCCAAAAAGUUCCAUCUUCACAUCACCGCGCUCGACUACCUUGGGCCCUACUCGAAGUGGCGUGUGUGGCUGAAGCCGAACGCAGAGCAGCAAUUCCUCUACGGCAACAACGUACUCAAGUCUGGUAUCGCCCGCAUGACCGAGGGAACGCCGGCGCAUCAGGGCGUCGUCGUGUUCAGCAUGAAUGAUACGCCGCUUGGGUUCGGCGUGACAGCCAAGGGAACCGCAGAUUGCAAGCGCGCCGACCCGACGGCCAUCGUGCUCCUUCAUCAGGCCGACCUUGGCGAAUAUCUCCGAAACGAAAGCUUCCUCACC